CCCCCUGCCAGCCCUGCGGCGCCGGGCGCAGCUGCGCGCGGCCAUCGCGGCGUUCCGGCAGCGCCGGGACCUGGAGGCGGCCUGGCGCACGCUGAGCGCGGCCUGGGCCCCGCCUUCUUCCGCCAGCGCCGCCCCGCGCAGCGCGCCGCGCUCAAGAGCCACGUGUUCCGGUACCUGCGGACGCUGCUGCCCGAGAGCGGCUUCAGCAUCCAGCGCUGCACGCGCUACAGCCGCGACACCAACGGCGCCAGGGUGGUGGCCACGCGCACCUGGCACAAGCACGAGACGCUGGAGCUGCUGGGCGGCUGCGGCGUGGAGCUGCGGGGCUCGGACCGGGCGCUGCUGCGGGCGGGCGACAACGACUUCAGCCUCAUGUACUCCACCCGCCGCAGGAGAACCCAGCUCUGGCUGGGGCCCGCUGCCUUCAUCAACCACGAUUGUCGGCCAAACUGCAGGUUCGUGUCGGCGCCGGGCGGGGCGCGGGUGCAGGCGCUGCGGGACAUCCCCCCCCGGGCAGAAAUCACCUGUUUCUAUGGCGACGGCUUCUUCGGAGAGGGCAACCGCGGCUGCGAGUGCCGCACCUGCGAGAGGUACCCCGAAAACACACAGGGGCACCCCAAAAACACACAGGGACCCCGAAGCAUUCUGGGCUUCCAGGGGGGUCUGCAGCCCCUCUUUGUGCGGGUCGGGGUCUCCUGCCCCGCCUGGUUCCCCCGCCCGGGCCGCCUCCUGGAGCGGGGGCUGCGCGGGGGGGGGCUGGGGGUGCACCCCGCGCCCCCCUACGAGGCCAACAUCGACUUCGAGAUCAGGUUCAUGGCCGACUCGGGCCUGGUGGGCUGCUGCUGGGUCGGAGCUGCCCCCGGGGGGCUUCCGCUGGAGGGGGGACCCCCCAAAACCCCCCGGAUUCACCCCAAAACGCCCCCGGGGACCCCCAGAGCCCCCCCGGGGACCCCCCCCAAGGCCAGCCUGUGCCAGCUGGAGGCCGACGCCGCCUGGGGGGCCCUGCGGGGGCACCCCCCCGAGGGGCCCUGGCUGGGGCUGCCCCCCCUGCGGCUGCUGAGCCUGGACAUCGAGUGCGCCGGCAGGAAGGGGGUGUUCCCUGAGCCGCAGCAGGACCCGGUGAUCGCCAUCGCGGCCGUGGCGCUGCGGCAGGGCGCGCGCGAGCCCUUCCUCAGGGUGGUGUUCACCCUGCUCAGCUGCGCCCCCGUGCGCGGGGGCACGGUCAGGAGCUUCGACAGCGAGAAGGACCUGCUGCAGUCGUGGGCGGAGUUCGUUCGGAGUGACCCCGACGUGGUGACGGGCUACAACAUCCACAACUUCGACCUGCCCUACCUGAUCCAGAGGGCCCAGGUGCUGCAGGUGUCGUCGUUCCCGUACCUGGGCCGCGUGCGGGGGGUCCCGUCCCAGGUGAAGGACUCGGCGUUCCAGAGCCGCCAGCUCGGCCGGCGCGAGGGCAAGGUGGUGAACACACCUGGGAGGGUGACCCUGGACAUGCUGCAGGUGCUGCUGAGGGAGCACAAGCUGCGCUCGUACUCGCUGAACGCCGUCAGCGCGCACUUCUACGAGCAGAAGGAGGACGUGCCCCACGGCAUCAUCACCGAGCUGCAGAACGGCGACGCGCAGACGCGGCGCCGCCUGGCGCUGUACUGCCUGAAGGACGCCGUGCUGCCGCUGCGGCUGCUCGAGCGCCUGAUGACGCUGGUGACGCUGGUGGAGAUGGCGCGGGUGACGGCCGUGCCCCUCAGCUACCUGCUCACUCGCGGCCAGCAGGUCAAGGUGGUGGCGCAGCUCCUGCGGCAGGGUGACGGUGGGGACGCCAUGCAGGAGGAUUUGCUGCUGCCGGUGGUGAAGUCGGAAGGGGGAGAGGAUUUCGAGGGGGCCACGGUGAUCGAGCCCCUCAAGGGGUACUACGACGUGCCCAUCGCCACGCUGGAUUUCUCCUCUCUGUACCCGUCGAUCAUGAUCGCCCACAACCUGUGCUACACCACCCUGCUGCCCCCGGGGGGCCCCCAGAAAUUCGGGCUGGGCCCCGAGGAUUUCAUCCGCACCCCCACGGGGCAGCUGUUUGUGACCCCCCGGGUGCGCAGGGGCGUCCUGCCCCGCGUCCUGGAGGGGCUGCUGGCCGCCAGGAGCAGGGUGAAGGCGGCGCUGGCCGAGGAGCAGGACCCCGAGCGGCGCCAGGUGCUGGACGGGCGGCAGCUGGCGCUCAAGGUCAGCGCCAACUCCGUCUACGGCUUCACCGGGGCGCAGGCCGGGCGCCUGCCCUGCCUCGAGAUAUCCCAGAGCGUCACCGGCUUCGGGCGCCAGAUGAUCGAGAAAACCAAACAGCUGGUGGAGAGCAAGUACCCGGACGUGCAGGUAACACACCUGGCACAGGUGGUGUACGGGGACACGGACUCGGUGAUGUGCCGCCUGAGCGUGCCCUCGGUGCCCGAGGCGGCCGCCCUGGGCCGCGAGGUGGCCACCUGGGUGUCCGGCCACUUCCCCUCCCCCAUCCGCCUGGAGUUCGAGAAGGUGUACCUGCCCUAUUUGCUGAUCAGCAAGAAACGCUACGCCGGGCUCUGCUUCCCGGGGGGCUCCGGGGGGACCCCGAAAUUGGACUGCAAGGGGCUGGAGGCCGUCAGGAGGGACAACUGUCCCCUGGCUGCCAACCUGGUGACGGCCUGCCUCCGGAGGAUCCUGCUGCACAGGGACCCCCAGGGGGCCGUGGCCCAUGCGCAGGAGGUGAUCUCAGACCUGCUCUGCAACCGCAUCGACAUCUCCCAGCUCGUUAUCACCAAGGAGCUGACGAGGGCGGCCAACGCCUACAGCGCCCCCCAGGCCCACGUGGCCCUGGCUGAGAGGCUGCGUCGCCGUGACCCCGGCAGCGCCCCCAGCCUGGGGGACCGGGUGCCCUACGUCAUCGUCAGCGGCGCCCGCGGCCAGGCCGCCUACACCCGCUCCGAGGACCCGGUGUUCGCGCUGGAGCAGAACCUGCCCAUCGACACGCGCUACUACCUGGAGCAGCAGCUGAGCCGGCCCCUGCUGAGGAUCUUCGAGCCCAUCCUGGGCGAGGGCCGCGCCCAGGCCGUGCUGCUGCAGGGGGAGCACACUCGCUGCAAGACCCUCCUGACCGCCCGCUCCGGGGGUCUCUGCGCCUUCACCUCCAAGCGCAGCAGCUGCGUCGGCUGCCGGGCCCUGCUGCCCCACCACGGUGCAGUUUGCGAUUUCUGCCGCCCGAAGGAAUCCGAGCUCUACCAGAAAGAGGUGUCGCAGGUGUGGCACCUGGAGCGCAGCUUCGCGCGGCUCUGGAGCCAGUGCCAGCGCUGCCAGGGCUCGCUGCUGCAGGACGUGCUCUGCACCAGCCGGGACUGCCCCAUUUUCUACAUGCGCCGCAAGGUGCAGAAGGACCUGGAGGCGCAGCAGGAGCUGCUCCGGCGCUUCGGCGACCACGACUGGUGAAAAACCCCAAAAACGCCCCAAAACUGCCCCAAAAAAUUCCAAAAUUUGGGAUUUUCGGGGAUUUUCGGGGCGGGUUCUCAGCCCCUGCCCCGGUUUUUUGUACGGAGAUUUAAUAAAAAGAUGAUUUUUAGUAA